UCGGGGCGCGCGGGGCGGCGACAGCGGCGCGGGCGCAGUGAGCACGUCAGAGAAAAGAGUGGGGGGGCGAAAAUGGGGGAUCUGUAGGUCUUUUCGGGGAAGUAGGCGUAGGAGGUUUUCGUUGCGGGGAAGGUCGUGGAAAUAGUAAAGGCUCAGAGGUGGUGUCUAAACACGCUGGAGAAGCUAAACCGUUUGGAACAGAGUCUUGGAGGGGUAAGUGGAGACCGGAUUAGGAAGCCUUAGGAGGCACAAUCGGGAGUUUAAAUCUUGAACAGUCUGGAGUUUUUUUAUUUUAAAAAAUAUAUAGAAAAUGUAAUCUACACGUACAUAACAGGUAACAUACCAAAAAGUACAUGGAAUACACAUGUCGCAGUCUCCCCAUUGUACCUUAAUGUAGCAAUUUCUCUUUGUCUGGACUAGUACCCGGGGUUCUUUGUCCUACUCCAAGAAAAUUCAGGAAGGGGACACAAGGUGAGGUGGGAGCAAAAGUUUAAUAAGCAAAAGAAGACUCCACAGCGAGCUGGGUAUGCCGGCAGUUUGCCCUGUGACAGCUGAAUCCAAAAGCUUUUGUAAGAAAACCUCUUAUCUCUGUAGCAGUUUGGGUAACUUCUCUUAUCAGUAAAGCUGUCUUGUCUUCUGCAGCCGUGGGUUGUCUCUAAACAGGCACACAGCACCGCCUUCGUUGUUGGGAUAACUGGGAGUUGGUUUUAAGUAAGCCCCCCUCCUCCCUGCACAAGUUCCCACCGUGUGUAUGCCUGAAAAGGGGAGGAAACUUUCCUGGGAACUCUCUAAUUAUGCAAAGAACAAGCGGCUUGUGUGCAGGUGUCUGCUCAUCUGUGUGCAGGUGCAGCCUGAGUUUUUCCCAGGUCGUUUUAUUUUUGCCUGUUGCUAUGACUUUUCAGGCAGGCCGCUUCUGCACUGAGUCUUCCCCAACUGAGUUUCCCUUUCCUUCGCCCUCACACAUAAUUAUGAAACAUAAUAAAAUUACUACCCGUGACAAAACCGUCCUAGUUAAGAAAUGGAACAUUCCUAGUACAGAUGCUCCCACCUGAGUUCUUUCCUUCUCCCGUCUCCCUUGGCACGCCCAGCUUCUAUCCUGAGCCUGUGUCUGUCAUACCCUCACUUGUUUCAAGAGUUUUUUAAAUUGCUUCUUUGUGUCGCUAAUACAUUACUUAGUUUUGCUUCUCUGAAAUUUUAUAAAAACUGUGCUAUGGUCUGGGCGUUUGUGACUCCAUGAAACUCAUGUGCUAGAACCCUAACCCCCAAAGUGAUGGUAUCAGGUGAUGGGUCCUUUGGUCAUGAGUGGGACUCAUAAAUGCCCUUGUAAAGGAGGGUCCUGCAGAGCUACCUGGUCACUUUCACCAUGUGACAACACAGCUGCUGCCAUCCAUCUUAAUAACUGAGACCAGUCCCUCACCAGACAGGAAUCUGCUGGCACCUUGAUCUUGGACUUCUUAACCUCCAGAACUGUGAGGAAUAAAUUGCUGUUGUUUAUAAGCCACCCAGCCUAUGGCAUUUUGUUAUAGCAGCUCAAAUGGACUAAGACAAAUGGUAUUAUGCUGUAAGUUCUUCUUUUGAAGUUGUUUCUAUAAUACAUACUUAGUGCUGUAUAGUCCUGUAAUUCAUUUUUACUGCAGUAAAAUCUUCCGCUCUGUGACUAUAACACAAUUUAUUGAUCUAGUAAUAAAUCCACUAGAUGGUUUGUUGUUUUGUUUUUUAAUCUAAUUUGGAGCUGGAAACAAUUGAAAAGAACCCAAAUUGUAUCCUGGUAUACGCAUUCGGAUAUCCCACAAGAUGUAAUACCUAGAAGCAUAUGCAAAUAUCCAACUUUACAAUAAAACACUAGAACUUUUUCCCAGUUGGUGGUCCCAAUUUCACUUCUACCAGCAAUAGGUAGGAAUUAUUAAUUUACAUCUUCACCAACACUUACUACUGUCACACUUCUUGAUUUUUCCAGGAGAGUGAAUGUGAAAUAGAAUUUCACCAGAAUUUUAAUUUGCAUUUCCCUGAUUACUAAUAAAGUUGAGACCUUUGCAUGUAUUUAUCAUAUUCCCUCUUUUAAAAAGUGCCUGCUCAUGUCCUUCGCCCAUUUUUCUUUGGAGUUGUGUUCUUUUUUAUUUGUAGGAGCUCUUGGUAUAUUGUUGAUACUCAUGUUUAAUCGGUUAUACUUGUUUACACACAUUUUCUUGCAGUUAAUGGCUUGUCUUUUCACUUGCUGCAUGUCCUUUGACAAGUAGAAUUUAUGUCUUUUCUUUUAUUGUCAGCUCUCUAUCUUCUCAUGAAGUCUUUCUUGCCCUGAAAUCAGAAAAUAUUCUUCUAUAUUUUCUUGAAAAUAUUUUAAAAUUUUCCCUUUUCCACUAAUCCAUUUAGAAUUGAUUUUUUAUAUGUGGGAAACAGGGAUCCAACUUCAUUUUUCCUCAUAUGAAUAAUCAUUUCUCUCAGCACUACUUGUGGAUAGUUUCCACUUUCUCGUGAAUGAACAAGGCCACCUCUGUUCUGCACACCGCUUUGAGCAGGAAUACUAUUGACUCUAGUCAGUUUCUCUGAUAAAUGUAUCUGUCUUUGUGCUACUGUCAUGUAAUUUAAUUGCUACAUCUUUAUGAUAAGUUUUGAUGUACAGAUAUCUCAAGAUCCCUCCUUCCUUAUUCUUCCUCGGGAACUUCUCAGCUAUGCUUCAGCUUUUGCCUUUCAUUAUAAAUUUCAAAACUAGUUUGGCAAGUUGUUGGAGUCUGGCACGUCUGCCAGGGGCUACUGACCUGCGGGAGUCCCCGAGACCACCAACGUAGAUGUCUCAUUCAACCUGAGGGAGAGAGUGCGCGGAAAUGAAAGAAAAGAGAAAAGCGGAGUCUGGAGGGCUGGCUUAGGCUAUGUCCAAGCAGCAAUUUUAUUUUUGCAAUAUGUUCCAUUAUAUACUUUUCUGAAGUUAAUGUUGUUUAUGCCAGAUCAACAUACUUAAGUUACAGUAAGCAAGUUACGCCCACUAAGUUAUGCCCAGCAAGUAAGUUAAGCCCAGUAAGUCAGUUAUGCCCAGUAAGUUACGGUAAGUAAGUUACAGUUAUGCCCAGUUAGUUAUGGUAAGUAAGUUACAGUUAUACUCAGUAAGUUAUGGUAAGUAAGUUACCAAGUAUAAAUACUUAAGUUAAUAUUUUACAAUGAAGGUAACAAGGGUCCAAAAUGAACACAAUCAAGCAAUAAACCAUAAGGAGCCAAAAGUGGACACAAUGCCUCCCAAGUCCUCAUAUCCAUAAAGUAAUGUCUGUUAAUUAUUUUGAAUAGCAUAGUCCCUCUCUCAGUUCCUGCUUUCCCUCAGCUCGACUCCCCCAACCGGGGAUCUGUGUCCGGGCUCAAGCUCACCAUAUGAUGAGGCCCAUUUCCUAGGGGCCUCACACGGGAGCAAUCCCCACAGAUCCCUCAGCAAGUUGCUCAAAAUACCCUAUUGGCAUUUUGCUUGGAAUUACAGUGAAUCAAUAAAUCAACUUGGCAAUUUUGGCAUCUUUACAGAAUUGAUUAUUUUAGUUAAUUAUGUUUUCUAUCUCUCUGUUAGGUUUUUAAAUCUUUCUAUGGAUUCUUCUAAUAUUCUUCAUAAAUAUCUAAUCUUAAUAUAUUGUAUUUUUCUCUCGACUCAUUUGGAAGGUUACACUGUAUUCUUUUACUUAUUGCCCUCAAAAUCUUAACACAUAUGCUUAAGUCUAAAAUUAAUAUCCUAAACAAUCCUCUGAAACAAUGCAAGGACCUUGGAACACUUUCACUCUUUCAACCAAUUACCAGUCAGUUCUUUGAGUCCACCUAUGACCUGGAAGCCCACCUCUUCGAGUUGUCCCACCUUUCUGGACCAAAGCAAUGUACAUCUUAUAUGUAUUGAUUGAUGUUUCGUGUCUCCCUAAAAGGUAUAAAACCAAAAUGUAGCCUAAUAACCAUGAGCACACGUUCUCAGGAUCUCCUGGGGCGGUGUCACAGGCCACUGGCCACUCACAUUGGGCUCAGAAUGAAUCUCUUCAAAUGUCUCAGAAUUUGACUCUUUUCUUCAACACACUGGCCCCUCCGCCCUUGGCUCCCUCUCACUGUGUAUACUGAGCCCUGUUCCUGAGCACAUCUGACAGAAUUUCCCCACAUAAGCACCUUCAGUAACCCGGCUCCAUCUACUGCGCAAGCUCAGCUCUGAACAAACUUAGCUCCGCACCCAGAGCCCUUCCAGUUCCAUCCUAAGUCAAUGCUUCUCCAACUUUAAAGUGCAUCAGAAUCAGCUGGAAGGCCUGUGAAAAUGCAGAUUCCUAGGCCUGGCUUCCAGAGAGUGCUCCUCAGUUGGUCUGGGGUGGAGCCCCAAAACUUGCAUUUUUAACAAGUUUUCAGGUGAAGCUCAUGCUGGUGGUUUGUGGACCAGAGCUUGGGUAGCACUGGCUGAUACCUGAUCCCUCGACCCCUCAUGCACUCUCCCUCCAUCCAGGGAGCUGCUUACUCUGCCCUCAGAACCCCAGGCGCCUGAGCCUUUGCCCAACCUGGUCCUGCCAGGAAUUCCAUGCUGCCAAGUCUGACACUAUGGGCCAGAUCCUGGAACCUUCCAACUCAAGAUAAAGUUGAGAGGUUGUGCUGCUUUUUCAAGGGAAAGGCUUAUCGGGAUUUGAACCAGAACUGGAAGGACGCUAGUUAACUGCGGACAUUUGGCCCACCCCCAGACACAGGCUCCCUGUGGGACACGCUGUGGGUCACUUUCUCCUUGUACAGAUGAACAAAGGAUGGCCCAGGGGUGGGAAGUGACUUUUCCAAGGGCACACAGCACAUUAGACGAGAGGCUGAGGGAGAAUUCAAGUCUCCUUCCUGUGCGGUUAUGUGCUUCUUGUACUGCCUUUUCAGAGCGUAAGGGGCCCUGCUUUCUCCCCUUUGCUCAUUCUACUUUCUUGCCACCACAGCUGGGCCCCAGCAUUUCCAGCUGAUGCUGAAAUAGAGCCUCAGGGGGCUGUAAAACUUGGAAAAGGAAGAAGAGUGGAGGAAGGGGCAAGAAAAGGCAGGGAAGAAAUAAAACCCUCUGUGGUGAAGGGAGGAAGGAAUGGGAAGUCACCCAAAGCUGUCCAGGGGGCUGGGGGUGGGGCAGUUUCUGGAACCUAUACACAUGAAUCACCUCCCCUUCCUCUGACCCAGUAAGGGCUCAAGCUGGAAACCACAGACCUUCGCAGGCCCCGAAGGAGCCAGCCUCUGGCCUCCCUCUGCAGUGGCCACGUGCUACAGACCCGGAGGGGGUAGUUAGUUGCUUAAUGCCAGCCUUCCUCCCCUGGACACAGAGUUCUGCUGACAGCCCCAGUCCAGCCAGAGCUCUGCUGUACAUCCCUGGGAGUGGGGCUGGUGUGGAGCCUGGAGGUCACCUGCCGCCUCCCAGGGCUGCUCCAGACAGCAUUAAGACCCUGCAGGGCACAGGUGAGACUAAUAGCUGGGAGACCUGCUCCAGGCAUUCAGGACCCUGGCUGGGGCAAGUGGGUCAGCCACUGGAAGCAGGGCUCCUGGAACCAGGCUCUACAGUUGGAGUUGUCACCCACUCUCAUGUCACCUGGAGAAGAACUGGACCCAAUUCCUGACAGCUUCAUUCUGCAACCACCAGUGUUCCACCCGGUGGUUCCUUAUGUCAUGACAAUUUUUGGCGGCCUGCAUGCAGGCAAGAUGGUCAUGCUGCAGGGAGUGGUCCCUCUAGACGCUCACAGGUUUCAGGUGGACUUCCAGUGUGGCUGCAGCCUGUGUCCCCGGCCCGAUAUCGCCUUCCACUUCAACCCUCGCUUCCACACCACCAGGCCCCACGUCAUCUGCAACAGCCUGCACAAUGGUCGCUGGCAAAGGGAGGCCCGGUGGCCUCACCUGGCCCUGCAGAAAGGCUCUGGAUUCCUCAUCCUCUUUCUCUUUGGGAGCGAGGAGGUGAAGGUGAGUGUGAACGGACAGCACUUUCUCCACUACCGCUACCGGCUCCCACUAUCUCAUGUGGACACGCUGGGCAUAUUUGGUGACAUCUUGGUAGAGGCUGUUGGAUUCCUGAACAUCAGUCCAUUUGUGGAGGGCAGCAGAGAGUACCCAGUUGGACACCCUUUCCUGCUGAUGAGCCCCAGGCUGGAGGUGCCCUGCUCACAUGCUCUUCCGCAGGGUCUCUGGCCCGAGCAGGUCAUCAUAGUGCGGGGGCUGGUCUUGCAGGAGCCGAAGCAUUUCACGCUGAGCCUGAGGGACCAGGCUGCCCGUGCUCCUGUGACACUCAGGGCUUCCUUCACAGAGAGAACUCUGGCCUGGAUCUCCCCCUGGGGACGGAAGAAGCUGAUCUCAGCCCCCUUCCUCUUUUACCCCCAGAGAUUCUUUGAGGUGCUGCUCCUGUGCCAGGAGGGAGGGCUGAAGCUGGCACUCAAUGGGCAGGGGCUGGGGGCCACCAGCGUGAACCAGCAGGCCCUGGAGCAGCUGCGGGAGGUCCGGAUCAGUGGAAGUGUCCAGCUCUACUGUGUCCACUCCUGAGGACAGUUCCAGGGAAACCUUGCCAGAAAAUAGCAAAGUCAGCCCACACCAGGGCCCCACUCUCCUCCCCUCAUUAAAAUAUCCACCUGACACCACCACAUUAGCCCUGGUUCACUUCCAGGGUCUCGAGCCUGAGUCUGCAGGAGCUUUGGGCCUGAGGGAUGGCACGAGGGUACAAAGGUUCCUCCGACUCUGCACCUUUCUCCACCAGGAGCCUGGGAUUUGGCUCCAUCUGCCUUCAGGGCCUGAAGUGCACUCACGGAGGUGGAUUUUGUAGACUAACAAAGAUACUCCAAAAUACAGUGGCUUAAAGAA